UCUCAGCUGGCCGCACCGUGCCAGGGCUGCAGGGGACCGAAUGGAGGCAGUGACAUCCACCCGAGCGCUUGUCCUUUUUACGCAGAAUUGACAGCGAAAACGGCCGCAAGAAUAUGUAGUCUUCGACACCGCAGCGACGGCAAACUCAUCGCAGAAUUAAAUAACAUCUAUCAGUGUGUGUUUUCUUUUCGUUGCAACCCGUUCACAGUCGACUGACGCUUGAGGAAAGUGAAAUCGAUUCUCCGCCUGCUCAUCGACAGGAUCCCCUGAAUGGAAGACGGCUAGAGAGGUCGCCUCGCCGAGAACAGGCUGUAACAUUUUUCACUGUCGUUGUGUUCACCAGCACCACAGCUAUCAUUGGCAGCCUCGACGGCUGCGAACGACGCCGCCUUCACCAUGGCUUUUGGCGUGAAAGCGCCAGAAAAGCCCUGAGAUUGAAGAAGAUUCGUCAUUUUUGUUCUCUGCGGAUUUAAAUGCCUCUCUCCAAGGGCCACCGACCCGCUUUUCUGCUCCGGUUCGCGUGUGCUGCGUCGCACGCUGUCACGAAUAAACAAUUCAUAGGCUGCUAAAAACACAGAAAGAGACUCCAUCGGGUGGGUGAACAUAAUCUACAGCGAAGAGGGGGAUUUUUUCCUAAGCAAUAUGGCUGGUGAGUGGGGCUGGGGACGCUGGCACAGGCUCUCCAAGGCUCCUAAAUGCUAGCUGAGGCGGAUGGCACCGUUCCCCAUGGAAGCGACAGCUCUAUGAGGACAAGCAAUAUCAAUAAUAAUAUCAAUCCGGACUCUUCAAUCUUAAUAUCCAAGAUGGAAGACGUUGUCAUCCCGUUCUCGUCUGAGGUGCCCUGCGACAAUAAUGGACAGCGCAUGUGGUGGGCAUUCCUCGCCUCCUCCAUGGUGACGUUUUUUGGGGGUCUCUUCAUCAUCCUGCUAUGGAGGACGCUCAAAUAUCUGUGGACUGUUUGCUGCCAUUGCAACAUCAAAAACAAGGAGGCUCAGAAGGUGAACAACCCGGCCAACAAUCAGGCAGCAGACAGACCAAAGGGUGCUGAUGAGAAGGAGGAGGCUCCGGCCAGCGAGGUGGGAUGGAUGACGUCUGUCAAAGACUGGGCCGGUGUCAUGAUCUCUGCUCAGACACUCACUGGCCGAGUUCUGGUGGUGUUAGUCUUUGCGCUCAGCAUCGGGGCCCUCGGAAUAUACUUUAUAGACUCCUCAGAUCCUAUAGAAUCCUGCCAGAACUUCUACAAAGACUUCACGUUACAGAUCGAUAUGGCCUUCAACGUCUUCUUCCUUCUGUACUUUGGCCUGCGGUUUAUAGCAGCCAAUGAUAAGCUGUGGUUCUGGCUGGAGGUCAACUCAGUGGUCGACUUCUUCACCGUCCCUCCUGUGUUUGUGUCUGUCUACUUGAACAGAAGCUGGCUUGGUUUAAGGUUCCUGAGAGCGCUAAGAUUGAUACAAUUCUCGGAAAUCUUACAGUUUUUGAAUAUCUUGAAAACAAGCAAUUCUAUCAAGCUGGUGAACCUGUGUUCCAUCUUCAUAAGCACAUGGCUAACAGCUGCUGGAUUCAUACAUUUGGUGGAAAACUCAGGGGAUCCUUGGGAAAACUUCCAGAAUUCCCAGUCUCUUUCCUACUGGGAAUGUGUCUACCUACUGAUGGUGACUAUGUCUACAGUGGGCUACGGGGAUGUCUAUGCAAAAACCACCUUGGGGCGCCUGUUUAUGGUCUUCUUCAUCCUUGGUGGUUUGGCCAUGUUUGCCAGCUACGUCCCUGAAAUCAUAGAGUUAAUAGGAAACCGCAAGAAAUAUGGUGGUUCCUAUAGUGCGGUUAAUGGGAGAAAGCAUAUUGUGGUCUGUGGUCAUAUUACCCUCGAAAGUGUCUCCAACUUCCUCAAAGACUUCCUACACAAGGACAGGGAUGAUGUCAAUGUAGAAAUUGUUUUUCUCCAUAAUAUUUCCCCUAAUCUUGAGCUGGAAGCCUUGUUCAAACGUCACUUUACCCAAGUAGAGUUCUACCAGGGAUCUGUUCUCAACCCUCACGAUCUCGCCAGAGUGAAGAUCGAGUCAGCAGAUGCCUGUUUAAUCCUGGCCAAUAAAUAUUGUGCAGAUCCUGAUGCUGAAGAUGCCUCCAACAUCAUGAGGGUUAUUUCGAUCAAGAACUACAGUCCUAAGAUCAGAAUAAUCACACAAAUGCUACAAUAUCACAAUAAGGCCCAUCUGCUGAACAUUCCAAGCUGGAACUGGAAGGAGGGUGACGAUGCUAUCUGCCUGGCGGAGCUGAAGGCAGGCUUCAUUGCCCAAAGCUGUCUGGCCCAGGGCCUGUCCACCAUGCUGGCCAACCUCUUCUCCAUGAGGUCUUUCAUUGAGAUUGAGGAGGACACAUGGCAGAAGUAUUACCUAGAAGGAGUGGCUAAUGAGAUGUACACAGAGUAUUUGUCCAGUGCCUUUGUGGGCCUCUCCUUCCCCACCGUCUGUGAGCUGUGUUACGUGAAGCUGAAGCUGCUGCUUAUUGCUAUUGAAUACAAGUCCGAGCAAAGAGAAAGCAGCAUCCUCAUCAACCCAGGAAACCAUGUCAAGAUGCAGGAGGGAACACUGGGAUUCUUUAUUGCCAGUGAUGCCAAAGAAGUAAAAAGAGCAUUUUUCUACUGCAAAGCUUGUCAUGAUGACAUCACAGACCCUAAGCGGAUAAAGAAGUGCGGCUGCAAACGACUGAUUUAUUCCAAGAUGUCCGUCUACAAACGAAUGAAACUGGCAUGUUGUUUUGAUUGCGGCCGUUCAGAGCAAGACUGCUCUUGCAUGUCAGGCAGUGUACAUAGUAACAUGGACACCCUUCAGAGGGCCUAUCCACUUUCCUCUGUCUCUGUUCAUGAUUGCGCAACCACUUUACGUGCCUCCAAAUAUAAGUAUAAUGGAUAUGUCAGAUCACCAGCAGAUGGCGCUACAACACCAGGGAACAGUGGAAGUCAGAAAGAGGCUGGCGUUCGGUUCAAAGCUGAUUGCAAUUUAGUCGAAGACGAGCAUCCAUCAACUCUCUCGCCCAAAAAAAAGCAGCGCAACGGAGGGAUGCGAAACUCACCCAACUGUUCACCCAAAAUGAUGAGUCGACACGAUCCCCUUCUCAUUCCUGGAAAUGAACAAAUAGAGAACAUGGACAUGAACGUGAAGAGGUAUGACUCGACAGGGAUGUUUCACUGGUGCCCAUCAAAGGACAUCGAAAAAGUCAUACUGACUCGGAGUGAAGCCUCGAUGACAGUCCUGAGCGGUCAUGUAGUGGUCUGUAUAUUUGGGGAUGUCACGUCCGCUUUAGUGGGGCUGCGAAACCUGGUGAUGCCUUUAAGAGCCAGUAACUUCCAUUACCACGAGCUUAAGCCUAUAGUGUUUGUGGGCUCGCUGGAUUACCUGCGGAGAGAGUGGGAAACGUUACACAACUUCCCCAAGGUGUCCAUAUUACCUGGUACACCAUUAAGUCGGGCAGAUUUAAGGGCUGUCAACAUCAACCUCUGCGACAUGUGCGUAAUACUGUCAGCCAAUCAGAACAAUAUUGAAGAUGCCUCACUGCAGGAUAAGGAAUGCAUCUUGGCUUCACUCAACAUCAAAUCUAUGCAGUUUGAUGACAGCAUUGGGGUCUUACAGGCUAAUUCCCAAGGUUUCACGCCUCCUGGAAUGGACAGGUCAUCUCCAGACAGCAGCCCAGUACAUGGCUUUGUGCGUCAGGCCUCCGUCACCACCGGAUCCAACAUCCCCAUCAUCACAGAACUAGUGAACGACUCAAACGUUCAGUUCCUGGACCAAGAUGAUGAUGACGACCCAGACACAGAGCUGUACCUCACUCAGCCUUUUGCCUGCGGCACCGCCUUCGCUGUCAGUGUGCUCGACUCUCUGAUGAGCGCCACAUACUUCAAUGAUAACAUCCUGACACUGAUUCGGACACUGGUCACGGGAGGGGCCACACCAGAGCUGGAGGCACUGUUGGCUGAGGAGAACGCUCUCAGAGGAGGCUACAGCACACCGCAGACACUGGCCAACAGAGACAGGUGUCGCGUGGCCCAGCUAGCUCUCUACGACGGGCCAUUUGCUGACUUGGGGGACGGAGGCUGCUAUGGGGAUUUAUUCUGUAAAGCAUUGAAGACGUACAACAUGCUGUGUUUUGGAAUCUACAGAUUAAGAGACGCUCAUCUCAGUGCACCAAGCCAGUGUACAAAACGGUACGUGAUCACAAACCCACCGUACGAGUUUGAGCUGGUUCCCACAGACCUGAUCUUCUGCCUCAUGCAGUUCGACCAUAACGCAGGCCAGUCUCGGACAAGCCUGUCCCACUCUUCCCACUCUUCCCAUUCCUCCAGCAAAAAGAGCUCCUCCGUCCACUCCGUCCCGCCUUCUAACCGGCAGAACCGCAGCAGUAAGACCCGCGAGGCCCGCGACAAACAAAAUGCAACAAGGAUGAAUAGAAUGGGCCAAGAAAAGAAAUGGUUUACAGAUGAACCAGAAAAUGCCUACCCACGGAACAUUCAGAUCAAGCCCAUGAGCACUCACAUGGCCAACCAAGUCAACCAAUACAAAUCCACUAGUAGUCUGAUUCCACCAAUCAGAGAAGUUGAAGAUGAAUGCUGAACACUACAGGGUUUUCUUGCUGACUCACCAGACAUCUGUACGCUCUUUCAAAAGAGACAGGAAGAGAUCGCCUGUGGAGGAGUGAUGAUGAUGAUGAUGAUGAUGAUGAUUACAGGGAUGUUGAAGACUAAAACAUUUCUCUUCACUCAUUCUUCUAAUCACGAGUCGGACAGGAACCCAAACAGGAAGGGACCUCCUAUGUGUAUACCUUUAAUGUUACUUCCAUGCUCUUGGACAUUGUUUUAUUUAUUAAUGUAUCCAUAGUGAUGUACAUAAUGACAAUCAAAUAAGGAUUGUACAGCCCCUUCCCCCUAGCACUUUUUGGAAUUAUUUUAAGAGUUGACAAAAAAAGAGUACUUCCUGUAAUUCUUUGCAAUAUUUCACCUCUUCGUGCGACCAGACUCAACGGCUGAGGCGACUGGUUCCCCGAGGAUGAGGGUUGCAGCAAUGAGCUGAUCAUAUCAUCUCCCAAAGAGCCGCCCAGAUGCUUCAAGUUAAACCAGCUGGGUUCAUCGACUUCAUAUCUCCUGUCUGCUUCUGUUCUAUUUGCACUAAAACUGAAUAAGUUUCUUUUGACAGAACAACUUGAACCAUCCGAUUCCCCUCCGAAUAAAAUGUAUCAAAGGAAGGAAUAAAGUAAGGGAGGGAGGGCUGCUUGGCUUCAGAGGCGUACUAAUCGUGUUCUUAGGUUGUUGUACAUCAUGUUGUUGCUUAAGGUUUGCUGCUGACUCGUCAUGUUGAGUGAGAGCAUUCCAGUCCUGCAGAACAAAAUCAUCUUGCAAACCAGUAGACUUAAAAAAAUCUGAGAUGGUGCGGUGUCGGUGUUUGCUGGCUGAAAGAGAAAACCCUGAACCUACAUGUCUUCUGCUGAUAUGUCAGAUCAUAAUGCCUGUGACUCUGUUUUCAGCUCCUAUCGCAUGAUAUGUGCCUGAGCCCCCUACGUAACAGAUACAGGGCGGUUGAUCAAGCUGAAUACAGGAGAAGGAUGAAACACCUUCUCUGUCCUUCAUGCGUUCAGGAGCUUUUAUGUUAUGUACAACCUGUUUGUGUGUAUGCGUGAGUGUGGGCGUGUGUGCAUCGCAGCCAUUUGUCCUUCUGGUGUUGCGCUGAUCAGUGCUGUCAUCUCCAUCGGCUUGUACGUGGUGAUGCACCUUUGAAGGAACAGCAUGUGGGAUUUAAGCUCUUAAAAUGACGUCAAGGCUGAUAAAAUAGAUUUUAGAGGAUUUGGAUCUACUAAUGAAACAAUGUUGCAUCAAAACCAAAAAUUGCCAACUAUGAUUGAGCCGAGCUAACACAAACAGCAGCGCGUGCCCACCGUUAACGCUUCGCCGCAAAUCUGCGGCAGAAUUGGGAUCACUAAGACGAGUGGUGUAUUUUCUGAAUGUUUUUCUGUUAAAAAAAAAAAAAAAUCAUAACCAAGGACAGUAAUGCCACAUAUUGCAUAAAAGUGGGCAUCAAUGGGUCCUCCUUUUAUCGGAGCUACUGCCUGGCACAGGGUUGGUACAGAGGCAAUAAAAGAGCUUGGAUGUUCUCUGUUGCCAAUCCAGAUGUCACACGCCUCAAAACUCUCAGGAGUUAAAGCUGCUUUGUUCGGCCCCCUCCCAUUUUGGGGAAUGCUCAAACAUAGUUGGAUGGAAAUGCAACAAUGCCACAGACUGCAAACAAGGACACUGGAGAGGAACCAGUGUUCUUCAUGCUAGCCUGGGUGUGACAGAAGAGUGUAUUUUGCACAUAGAUUGAUCCAAAUCCAGCUGUGAUAAUGAUGGAGGACUGAGGUGGUAGCCUUGUUUAUCCUAAAACAUAUAUACAAAAAUUAAGUUGGAUUUAUACAUUUAAACAUAAUUAUUUUCUAUCAGUAAACAUGAUCAAUUUGUAAUUAUUUUUCUAGACGAGAGCCAAGUGAUUAAAACCAAGUAUUAUAGAUUUAAAGACUCGAAUUCUAUCUUUAAUUACCACAUAUCAGAUGAUUUAGUGUUGAAAAUAUCACCUUUAUUUAACAUCAAACUAAAACAAAGAUUAUUUUUUUAUCACCUCACCCCUCUUUAACAACCUGCAUCACUCUGGAGCCAGUAAAGCUUAGACUAAGCUUGCAUUGUCAAACCACCAUCUUCAGCCUGGCAGCUCAGCUCUGUUGAGUGCUUGUAGAGAUCAAUUAAUGCUCAUCUUUUUUAGUCGCGCUGAUGAGCAAUUCUAAAUAAUGUCGGCUACUAAGCAUUGCUAGCUGCCAACAGACAGAGAAAUAGAUGUAGAAGUUAGGGGCUAGAUGUUGUGUUUAGAAGGAGAGUAGAUGAAAAGGAGAACUGAAUGACCUUCAUUAGAUAUGUUUGACCUAAAUUAGGUCCCUGGAGUGGAGGAAGAGUGCUCCCUACUGCACAGUGUGCUGCUAUUUUCCACUAAAUAUGACUCUAAAUAUGAUAGAGGGACACCGUGAACUCUCCUCUAUACACUGUAAAAGUAAUUCUGACAUAAAGAAACAAUUUAGGAAUAUGGAAAAGAACAUAAUAUUGUGCUAAAUAUGUUUGUGUAAAUUCAACCCAUGAUAUAGGCCACAUUUCUUUCUCAAACCAAAUGAUCUGAGCUUCAAUGUCUGUCUAUUGGAUGUGGUGCAACUAUACUGAAGCCUCAUACACAUUGUCCUGAAGUGAACUUUUGAACUGUGAUUACAUCGUUGUCACACUUUGUAGCAACUAGAUUUCUUUUCAGAAAAUAUGUGAGUAAAAUGUAUGUACAAUUGGGUUGUUAAUGGAAUAUUUGCUAGCCUGAAAACUAAGGAAUUACUACUAUUUGAUAAUGGCAAUGACUCAUUAUAAAUAGAAUCGACAAACUGAUUGUUAAAAAAUAUAGACAAACAAGUAUCUUGAAAAUGAAAAAUCCAGGAUUUUUGUAGAGAUUUUUCAAGUAGGAAAAGUCAGGCAGGAUUUGAUCUGGUUUAUCAGCCAUCACUGCGAUGGAAGGUAGCACCAAUUCAGCAAAGGUUAUCAAAACUGAGAACAUCCUUAAUUUUCCUGUUAUUAUUUCUUUGUGAUAUUACAGGGUUUACAUUCCAUUUUGUCAGCUUGUCAUCUGUCAUAAUCUGCCACAACUGCUUCUUAUUUGUUUACAGAGUAUUUUUUGAGAUACUUAAACAUAGCAUUGCUCAGAAAUAAAACUGUACAUGCUGCAAACUGGCAUCAACACAGACUCACAAAGUAAUGCACCAUUUGUUUUCAUGACACUUGAUUACUGUGCUUUUUCUACCUGAACCCUCAUCGUGCGACUCAUUCAGGCAUUAUUUACAACACUGGACUGAGAUGUCUCUCCUUCCUUCACCUUGUCGUAUGUCUCUUUUAGAUGUUUCUUUUGUUUUUGCAUUGUAUACCUCUAAAGACUUUUAGAGUGUUUUUGAAGUGCCAUGAAGAGUUUAGUUAAGCAAGCAUCCUUCAGUCAUUCAGGGACACACGCUCGCUUUGAGAGGAGCUGCGUCCGAGCGUUUUCCACUGUGAGAACGGUGUCUUGUACUGACAUGGAGAACAUCCAAGCCAUCAAUGCCUCCAUGCCAGUAUAGUGCCAGGCAGUGCACGAGGUCAAGAGGAGGGCCCAUUUUAAGUCCCACUAUUGCGAAAAGUGGCAUUCAGGAGGCCCGCGGGGCUGCUGGGGCAGGAGAUAUGUAUGAAAUAUACAUAUGGUCUCUGCCGUGUGUUUGGUUCCAGGUUACUAGCUUGUGUCAUGUUGUGUACUUACAUUUGGAUGACUGAAAGAUGCACAUAGAGGCCCUAUGCCUGUAACAUCACAUGUGUUUUUGUACACGGAACAAAUCAAAGACAAUGAUGCGUAAUACGUUUCUGUCACAGUCUGUUGCAUUAUUUUUGUUAAUCUAUUUUCUGCUGUAAAGGAUGGAUUUAAUAACUUAUUUGCUGGGAAUUGUAAUAGAUAUAAUAGAACAUAUAAUACUUAUGGGGAUGGGAGGUGGGUCUCAAGUCUUAAAAACACAUUGAGAUUGCAUUCAGCAAUUUUGAUGUUUCUUUUUUUAAGAAAAGUUGCAAUUUUUUUGUUAAUUUUUUGGCUGCCUAUCAGUUCAGGAAGCAUUCAGGACAUUGCUCUUGCGUAUCACAGAUAAGAUUUGUUGGCACAUCGUCAUUGCAGCGAACAGGAGUUUGACAUAGCAGUCUAAUUAGUUUGGAUGUGUUCUAGAUAUGACAGAUAAAUGGAUUAUUUGAUGGUGCUGAGUUGAUCUACCUGACUCUGUCAAAUAUAAUCUGCUGAUAAAUAUACUGUCUUGUACAAAAAGUUUGUACAUAGAUUGUACAUGGUUUCUUUUUGUAUUUUCUCAAA